AUGAAGUGUGUGUGCUGGAAUUGCCGGGGGUUGGGGAACGACCCGGCAAUUCAUGGUCUUCUGGAUCUCCAGAAGAAGGUGGACCCUGACGUAUUGUUCCUGUCGGAAACAAAGAUGUGUAAGGAGAAGCUGGAGGGUUUGAAGUGGAAGCUUGGGAUGCCAAACAUGAUUGUAAAAGACUGUGUGGGAAGGAGUGGCGGGCUGGUUUUGUUCUGGAAAAAUGAAGUCAAUCUGAAGCUUGUGGGUUUUGUCUCCAAAUACCAUAUUGAUACAGAGAUAACGGAGACUGAUGGUUUUGUGUGGCGCUUUACUGGAAUAUAUGGUGAGCCGAAGUCUGAUGGGAAGGAUAAGACAUGGAAAUUGAUGAGAAAUCUGAAACAUCAAAGUAAUAAACCUUGGCUAUGUUGUGGUGACUUCAAUGAGGUGCUACACUCGUGGGAGAAGGAAGGAGGGGCGGCUCGGCCCCAGGGUUGUAUGGAUAAGUUUAAGGUCUCAUUGGAGUUCUGCGGGAUGGAUGAUCUUGGCUUUGUUGGCGAUCCAUUCACUUGGCGAAAUCAUAGCCAUUCGGCUAGCAGUUAUAUUAGAGAAAGAUUGGAUCGGGCAGUGGCAACCCGAGAAUGGAGGGAGAGGUUCCCGGCGUUUAAAGUCACAAACGAUGAUCCUCGACACUCUGACCACCGACCUGUGGUUGUUGAUACGCAUGGUUCAGAGGAAAGAUUGAGUAGCUCGGCUCGGAUCAGGGUGCCAAAAUUUGAAGCUCGGUGGAUGGAAGAGGAGGCAUGUAUGGGAAUUGUUAAAAAUGCUUGGGAGCUAGAGGUGGAGGUUAAAAAAGGAGGGGUGGUCGAAGGAGUGAGGGGUGUACUGGGGCAACUGGUGGAUUGGAGCAAAAAUGUCCUGGGAGAUCUAGAUAAACGGAUAUGCAAGCUGAAAAAGGAAUUGGAAAGGUGGAGGAGAGAAGGAAUUGGACCUGAACAAGUGAGAAGGGAAGCUGUGCUUCGGUUUAAGUUGAGUCGGUUGGAGGAACAACGUGAUACUUAUUGGAAGCAGAGGGCCCAUGUUGACUGGAUGAAGGGGGGUGACAGAAACACAAAGUAUUUCCAUUCAGUAGCCACAGAGAGGAGGAAAAUAAAUAGGAUCAGUACCCGGAUGGAGGAAUUAUUGCAGCAUGUACAACCUCGGGUAACAGAUGAGAUGAAUGAGUCCUUGUGCAAGCCUUUCUCCAAUGAGGAGGUGAUGGUGGCACUUGAUGGCAUUGGAGACCUCAAAGCACCGGGACCCGAUGGGAUGCACUCCAUUUUUUACAAAAAGUUCUGGGAUGUUGUUGGAGGAAAAGUGACCGAAGAGGUACUGCAUGUGUUAAAUGGGGGUCCCAUGCCUGAUAAUUGGAAUGAUACAUGUGUUGUUCUAAUCCCCAAGAUCAACAAUCCAGAAGAUGAUUCUUUGGUACUUAUUAAAGCUACUAGCGAAAGUGCCAGGACGCUGCAGAAUGUGCUACAACUAUAUGAGAUGUGCUCGGGGCAAACCAUUAAUUUUGACAAAUCGUCAGUCAUGUUCAGUGAGAAUACGAGUAAUGCAAGAAGGAACCAGGUCCUUGGCGAGCUGCAUAUCAGAGCUGAAGCUAGGACAGAGAAGUACUUGGGACUACCAAUCUAUGUUGGAAGAUCCAAAUCGAAAGUGUUUGCAUAUCUUAAGGAUAGGGUAUGGAAGAAGAUUCAGGGUUGGAAGGAGAAGAUGUUGUCUAAAGCUGGGAAAGAUAUCCUGAUAAAGGCAUGUGCGCAAGCCAUUCCAGCGUUUGCGAUGUCCUGUUUUGAUCUUACUAAGACACUAUGUGAGGAGAUUAGUACGAUGAUAUGUCGCUACUGGUGGGCUCAGCAGGAGAAUGAGAACAAAAUUCAUUGGUUGAGCUGGGAGAAAUUGACAAAACCGAAGAGUGAAGGAGGACUUGGCUUCCGAGAUCUUUAUGGUUUUAACAUGGCUAUGUUAUCGAGGCAAGCAUGGAGACUAUUGGAUAAUCCAAACUCGUUGUGUGGCAGGGUGCUUAAAGCAAGAUACUUCCCUACUUCUUCUAUCCUUGAGGCUACUGCAGCACCUGGUAUUUCUUACACAUGGCGUAGCAUUCUUAAAGGUGUGUCGCUACUCAAGGAGGGUUUGGUAUGGAGGAUUGGUGAUGGAACACAAGUAAACCUGUGGUCGGACCCUUGGCUUCCUCGGGAUGGUUCGAGGCUUCCCAUUACCCCAAGGAGACAGAGUUUACUCACCAAGGUUCAUGAACUAAUAAAUCCAGCUACUGGCCAAUGGGAUGAGGAAUUGGUACGUGACACAUUGUGGGAUGCAGAUGCUAACAUUGUUCUGAAAAUCCCAGUUAGGGAAGAUUUUGAAGAUUUCCCGGCAUGGCACUAUGAUGAAAAGGGGGUCUUUACAGUCAAGUCAGCAUAUCACCUAUACAUGACUGUCAAUUACCCAGAUAACCCAGGUGGAUCAGGUAAUGGUGAUGCGCAAAUUCAGUGGAAUAAUAUUUGGAAGCUGGCAGUAGUUCCAAAGAUCAAACAAUUCAUGUGGCGGUUGGCCCAUAACAGUCUACCUCUGAAGAUGAGCAUCAAGAGGAGAGGGAUAGAAUGUGACACUUUGUGUGUCUGCUGCAGAAGAUUUGAUGAGGACGGAGUCCACCUUUUUCUCAAAUGUAAGGAGGUAAGGAAGGUUUGGAAAUUAAUAGGGAUGGAGGAUGUCUGUGAUCGAAUGUGCGCAUACAGUACUGCAGCUUCUGUGGUGCAACAAAUACUCUGUCUCAAAGAGGCCGAUAGGAUUUUGGUCUGCUGUACUCUAUGGCGCUGGUGGACUACAAGGAACAAACUAAAUUCAGAGGGACUGGAACUGUCGGUGGAGGGUACUGUGAAACAGGCAAAUUACUGGGCGGCCGAAUCGCGACAGUACUGUAAGAGGAUUCAGAUAAUGGGAGUCGGCACUAGCGGGGUGAUGAACAAGCCACAAUGGUGUCCACCGUCGGGAGAUGUGCUUAAACUAAAUUCUGAUGGAUCAUUUUCAGCGGAAACAGGUACUGGAGGAUGGGGCUUUGUUAUUCGAGACCAACAUGGCGUGGUCAGAGGAUCUGGUGCUGGCUUUCUGGCGCAGGCGGGCAGCGCUGCUUAUGCUGAAGCACACGCAUGUCAAGAAGCCCUGUCAGCGGCAGCAAGUUGGGGCAUGGGACAUGUCCAUGUUGAAUCGGAUGCCCAAAAUCUAAUCAAGGCCCUCCAGGAGACAAGUUUCGAUCGCACCGAAGAAGGGACCGUAUAUCGGGACAUGCGUGCUUUCUUACGUCUGAAUUUCACGUCUGUUUCCUUUUCGUUUUGCCCAAGGGCAUGUAAUGUUUUGGCACAUGAAUUAGCAGCUGUUGGUGUGCGUAGGAGAGAGAUCCAGUCGCUGUGGCUGAACUCUUUGCCUGCUGAUGUAUUUGUUCUGAAGACCAGCAUGUCUGCUGUGUCUGUUAAGUAA